UGCCCUACAAAAGUUUUUAGAAAGAGAUCAUCCAUAAAAAAAAUCGAGUUUUUGGGAUAUUUUAUGAAAUUUUCUUCUACCAAGCCAAUCCCACCGUUUCUUGCAAAUUCCUCAUCGUAAAUCCAACUGAAUUCUUUGUAUUUUGGAAUUAGGGACGACGCAAAGCUCUAGAUUCCGAAAUUGCAUACUGCAAAAUCACUGCAGAAUCAUGAAGUAGAAUCAUGAAGUCAAAGGCUACUCAAGCAUGGUUCUGAGUCGCCAUUUUCCACCAAUCGCCAUCAAACUCUUCCAUUCCAGCAAUUCGCUCUCUCCAAUCUCUCAUACUUGAUCUCCACCUUCUUCUUCUUCAACAAUGUCUAGGUCUCUUCUUGAAUUCAUUACCGUUUUGGUGCUUUUCGGUUCCCUUGACUUCUCAUGUCGUCUCUCUACUGCUUCGCCGCUCAAUCACCGCUACAAUAUCGGAGAUCCAAUUCCGUUAUUCGUCAACAAGGUCGGACCUCUGCACAAUCCCAGUGAGACCUACCAAUACUAUGAAUUACCAUUCUGCCAUCCAGAUCCAGUAGUCCAAAAGAAAGCGACCUUGGGGGAAGUUUUGAAUGGUGAUCGGCUGACUGGUGCCUUGCAUGGGAUGAAAUUUAGGGAAGAAAAACCAUGGGAGACUCUCUGUGAAAAGAAGUUAAAAGGUGCUGAAGUUUCACUGUUCAGAGAUGCUGUCAAGAAUGAUUUUUACUUCCAAAUGUAUUGUGAUGAUCUUCCAAUGUGGGGUUUUGUUGGCAAAAUUGAUGACCAAAGUUGGACCCUAGACAAGCAGGGUCCAAAAUAUUAUCUCUUCACACAUAUUCAGUUUGAUGCUUCCUUCAAUGGGAACCAAAUUGUGGAAGUUAGUGCAUUUAGUGAUCCAAAUCAUGUCAUUGAUAUAACAGAUGAUGUUGAACUCAAUGUUAAAUUCACUUAUUCUAUUUUUUGGAAUGAAACUUCGGCUCAGUAUGGAGAUAGAAUGAAUAAGUAUUCAAGGGCUUCACUACUGCCUGUCAGUCAGAGAAUCCACUGGUUUUCAUUCCUUAAUUCAAUUGCUAUAAUUGUGUUGUUGAUGGGAUUGCUUACUUUGCUUUUUAUGCGACGUCUGAAGAAUGAUUUGAGGAAGUGUUCUGGUGGUGACGAAGAGGAUGAAAAAGAGGUUGUUUGGAAGUAUCUUCAUGGAGAUGUUUUUAGAUGUCCUCAAAAUUUACCCCUCUUUAGUGCUGUUUUGGGUGUCGGUACACAGCUGCUGAUUAUGUUUUUCUGUUUAUUUCUUCUGGCGUUUCUGGGAAUCUUUUACCCAUACAAUCGUGGAUCACUAUUCACUUCCAUUAUUUUAAUCUAUUCUCUUACAUCAGUCGUUUCUGGGUAUACUUCUGCUUCUUUCCACUGCCAGUUUGCCGAGACUGGAUGGGAGAGAAGUGUUAUUCUAUCCGGGAUUCUGUAUUUGGGGCCAGCAUUCGUCAUAAUUUCUAUCCUAAAUAUUGUCGCUAUAUCGAAUGGAACAACUGCAGAACUGCCUAUUGGCACCAUCAUAGUGAUUCUUCUCAUAUAUAUUUUUAUCAGCCUCCCAUUGCUUGCAUUUGGUGGUAUAGUAGGACAUCACUUUAGAUCGGAGUUUCAAGCGCCUUGUGCCACCAAGCGAAACCCACGAGAGAUUCCUCCUUUGGCUUGGUUCAGAAAACUUCCUUGUCAAAUGUUCAUCAGUGGUCUGUUGUCAUUCAGCGCAGUUGUUCUUGAAUUACAUCACUUGUAUGCAAGCAUUUGGGGGUUCAAAAUUUUCACUCUUCCUAGCAUUUUGUUCAUCACAUUCAUCAUCCUUAUCAUACUCACUGCAAUUUUGAGCGUUGGUUUGACUUACAUUCAGCUAUCGGUUGAAGAUCAUCAAUGGUGGUGGAGAUCAAUGUUCUCUGGGGGCUCAACGGCCAUCUUUAUGUUUGGAUAUUGCAUAUACUUCUAUGCCAGAUCAAAUAUGAAUGGUUUCUUGCAGCUGUGCUUCUUCGUAGGGUAUAAUGCUUGUAUAUGUUACGCAUUCUUCUUGAUGCUGGGAGUUAUAAGUUUUCGUGUUUCCCUGAUUUUCGUUCGUCGUAUUUACAAUGCGGUCAAAAGCGAAUGAGUUCAUUUGAUAAUGUCUCCAUUUCUAUCAUUUUAUCGAGGGAAAAGAAGGAAGCAGUUAUUGGCCAAUGUGCGUAGGACGACGAUGGAUAUGAAGUUCUUUCAUCCACUUGAAGAGAUUCAUACAGAGAAAGAAAGCAAGAAAAGAAAGAGAAGAUUUUGGUAAUUGGGUGAUCAUCAUUUCUUGACAUGUAAAAGAAGAAAAAAGUGUUAGACUACGAAUCAAAGUGAAAACAAGAUUUUACAUUGUUUUUAUUUGGAACAAUAUCAUUUCUUAAGAUUUUGGACUUUCCUUGAAUGGUUGGCUAUUCAUGUUUAUACUUCCAUAUUUAUAUUUUCAAGGAAUGAAUAACCAUGGAUAAAGAGGCAUUAAAUAA